UCCGCCUCUGCCUCGGGCCGGAAGGUGUGAGCGGUCGGGCGGAGGCCGGGGCCGGGCGCGGGCCGCGCGUCGGAGCCACGAGGGGGUUAACGCUAACCCCUCCCCCUGUCUGACAUCACGGGGAGAGCGGGCGAGAGGCUGGAGCUGGGCGAGUGAGAGAGAGAGGGAGAGGAGCGAGCGCGGCUCGACUCGGCGCCCAGGCAGCUCCACAUUGUUGCGAAUCGCCGGGACCGGGCACAGUGAGCGGCGGGGACGCGCGGCGCAGCCGGCUCGCUCUCCUCGCGCGGAGCCGCACCACCGGAGCCGCCCGGGCAGCUGGCCGCCAAGCCGCGCGCCCGCCGCCUGGGCCCCGAGCCCACCGCGCCGCCCGCCCGCCGCCUGGGCUCGUCCCGCCACCCUCGGAGGACGGCCGGCCAUGGACGCCUGCAAGUUGGAGCCGAGCGGGAGGGUGUGAGCGCGCCGGGGGCCGAGAGCCCGCGCCGCGCAGCCGGGCAGCCGGGCGCGCCGGGGGUGGGUCCCUCUCCCCAGCCCGGCUCUGCGUGGAAGAAGAGGGCGGGGACCAGCGCGGGGAGGAGAGCGGAGGAGGAGAAGGGGGCAUGACUCGUGCAACUUGCGGCGGGCAUCUGCCGAGCCUCUGAGCCGGCGGCGGCCCGGGGCCCGGAUUGCGGCCGCGCCGAUCCCACCCAGCCCACCCCGCCCCGGCCGACGGCUGCGGCUGACCUGGAUCCUCGGAGCGCCCGCCGGCCGGCAGUGAUCCGCCUUCGUCUUCCGGGCUGGUUUCUGGAGCGCGAGGAGCGCUCUCCUCGCGGCCCCUCUCGCCGGACCCCCGGCCCCCGAUGGCUCGGAUGGGGCUUGCGGGCGCCGCUGGACGCUGGUGGGGACUCGCUCUCGGCUUAACUGCAUUCUUCCUUCCAGGCUCCCACACCCAGGUGGUCCAAGUGAACGACUCCAUGUAUGGUUUCAUUGGCACGGAUGUGGUGCUGCACUGCAGCUUCGCCAACCUGCUGCCCGGCGUGAAGAUCACCCAGGUCACGUGGCAGAAGUCCACCAAUGGCUCCAAGCAGAACGUGGCCCUCUACAACCCAGCCAUGGGCGUCUCCGUGCUGGCUCCCUACCGCGAGCGUGUGGAAUUCCUGCGGCCCUCCUUCACUGACGGCACCAUCCGCCUCUCCCGCCUGGAGCUGGAGGAUGAGGGUGUCUAUAUCUGCGAGUUUGCCACCUUCCCAGCUGGCAAUCGAGAGAGCCAGCUCAAUCUCACUGUGAUGGCCAAACCCACCAACUGGAUAGAGGGCACCCAAGCAGUGCUUCGAGCCAAGAAGGGGCAGGAAGACAAGGUCCUGGUGGCCACCUGCACCUCGGCCAAUGGGAAGCCUCCCAGUGUGGUAUCCUGGGAAACUCGGCUGAAGGGCGAGGCAGAGUACCAGGAGAUUCGGAACCCCAACGGCACGGUGACGGUCAUCAGCCGCUACCGCCUGGUGCCCAGCCGGGAGGCCCACCAGCAGUCCCUGGCCUGCAUCGUCAACUACCACAUGGACCGCUUCCGGGAAAGCCUCACCCUCAACGUGCAGUAUGAGCCCGAGGUGACCAUCAAGGGAUUUGAUGGGAACUGGUACCUGCAGCGGAUGGAUGUGAAGCUCACCUGCAAAGCUGAUGCUAACCCCCCAGCCACCGAGUACCGCUGGACCACGCUAAACGGCUCUCUCCCGAAGGGUGUGGAAGCCCAGAACAGAACCCUCUUCUUCCGGGGACCUAUCAACUAUAGCCUGGCAGGGACCUACAUCUGUGAGGCCACCAAUGCCAUUGGCACCCGCUCGGGCCAAGUGGAGGUCAACAUCACAGAAUUUCCCUACACCCCGUCUCCUCCCGACCAUGGGCGGCGCACAGGGCCGGUACCCACGGCCAUCAUUGGGGGCGUGGCGGGGAGCAUCCUGCUGGUGCUGAUCGUGGUCGGCGGGAUCGUGCUGGCCCUGCGCCGGCGCCGGCACACCUUCAAGGGUGACUACAGCACCAAGAAGCACGUGUAUGGCAAUGGCUACAGCAAGGCGGGCAUCCCCCAGCACCACCCGCCAAUGGCCCAGAACCUGCAGUACCCAGAUGACUCGGACGAUGAGAAGAAGGCCGGCCCACUGGGCGGGAGCAGCUACGAGGAGGAAGAGGAGGAGGAGGGCGGUGGAGGGGGCGAGCGCAAGGUGGGGGCCCCCCACCCCAAGUACGAUGAGGACGCCAAGCGGCCCUACUUCACAGUGGAUGAGGCAGAGGCCCGUCAGGACGGCUACGGGGACCGGACUCUGGGCUACCAGUACGACCCUGAGCAGCUGGACUUGGCCGAGAACAUGGUUUCUCAGAACGACGGGUCUUUCAUUUCCAAGAAAGAGUGGUACGUGUAGCCGCCCUCUCCAGAGUGUCUGUCUGCGCCCCCUUAUCCCCAGCCCCCACCCGCACGCCCCCUGCUCGCCCCCCACCGCCCACUCCUCCAGGAGCUCGACAGAGACUCACCCAGCUGCCCAAAGCCAGCCCCACAUCCCCGGGGAGCCAAGAGCCCAGGGCAGACAUGACCUGGCUUUGAUUUGGUUUCCUCCUGUCCCCAGCCCUCCCCGUGGUGUCGUGUUCACUGUGGCUUUGGUGUUGCUGUACCUCUCCUCCCCUGACCUCACCUGCCUGCCCUCCAUGCAGGGAGCCCUGUUCUUGUCUUGUGUACCAGGGCACACCUCUAGGCUUUUGGGAGCCAGCCCUCCCCCGCCCCCCAACACUGGAAUUUAUUUGUGUUCUCUCCAUGGGGGGUGGAGGGCUGAGGGGCUCCAAGAGGAAAAGCCCCACCCCCACCCCCAGAUGCUGCUCCUCUUUUCCCAGGGAGAGGGAACCCCCCACCCCUCACCAGGAGCUGUCCGCGGCGGGGAGUUCUAGACAGCUGUUGCACCCAAGAGGUAGGGGGUGGGGGUGCGGCUUCUGCAGAGCACCCAGGGUUGUCUUGUUUGUUAAGUGAAUCCAGUCGAGGUCCCCACCUGGGGCCUUGGGCAAUGUGUUUUCCUGGUGAGGUUGGUUUUACAUUUUUUUUCCUCAUUGGCCUACUGAGAGUGAAGUUGGCCCAGCUCUGGUGUGUCCUCCUCUUUACCCCAGUCUGCUCCCCACACAGCAGGACGGCAGGCGGACCCUGGCCCCCAGCUCCUGUAUGCCCCUGCUGACACAUCAACAUACCCACAUGCACACGCACCACUUGUGUCUACCCCUGAGCUCCCCCUGGGGUCACACGCCUUACCCAGGCUGGACACUGCCCGAGACCCGCCCCUCUCUGCUCCACCUCCUCGCCCCUCCCAGCUGAGGAUGGGGGCAGCCUUCAGAAGCUUCCAGGGACAGCUGAGACUAGGACCCCCUGGUGCCUCCACCCUAGGAUCUCAGGCUGGCCCUACACUGCUUCUUAAGGCAUGGAAGCUUCUGGGAUUUCUCCCUCAUCUAUCACAUGCUAGUGACUUGAUUCUCUUGGGGAGUCAGGGCUGGGAUCCCAGAAGGGGAUCACCUUGAGGAGUUAGAGGUGAAGAAAUAUCAAGGUGGAGGGCAAUGGAAAAGGCAGCCCGCGAGGUGGAAGCUCUGCAAACAGUCUGAGAGCCUGAAGAGUGCAGGGAGCGCCUCACCAUGAAGGCCAACGUCAAUGUCCCAGGCUUACCAGCAAGUGCAAGGAGAGUGGGGCAGCCAGGAGUCCUCAGUCAGAAGCUCUUGCCUGCCACUCUCCACCCCUGCCCCCAGCUAUCCCUGUUCUCUAUUCGGAGUGAGGGGGUACCUUGGAGAAGCUUUCCCUUUGAGUUGUAGAUUCCCUCCUUGAAUGGGGCUCUGGGUUCCUGACCCAAAACUUGGUCUUCCCAUCUGUACAAUGGAGGAGGGCCCCUCCCAACCCUCUCUCAGUUCCCCCAGCUCAAAGUGCCUCAGUUCCUCCAUCUGCCCACCCCUGUCCUCCCGGCACUCCAGAUGGGAAAGACCCUGGAAUGGGAGAGGCAGGUUCAUUCCUGCCCAUUAGGGUUCCAGUUAACACAGCCCAGGUGUCAGGGGCUCUGUGGGAUGGCAAGUGUUGGGGGGAGGGAGGCAGACCACUCUGUGCCCCACGGGCACUGAUCUACCCUGCCAUAGGCUUCCCGAGGGAGCCCCAGCCCCCGCCCUACUCCUCCCCUCCCUGGUGCUGAGCCCUCACCCAGCUCCAUCUCUGCCCCCCUCGCCCAGCCCCCACUGCCCUAGCCCCAGCCCAGGCCGCCCAGUAGCCACGUAGCAGAAGUCUGAAGCCAUGCCAGCCCUGGGGUGGCUCUCCCCUCUUGGCAUUGGGGUACUGGAUGGGGUGGAGCUGGGGAAGAAAAGUCCUGGGUCUUUCCAGCCACAGGGCAGAAGGGGGUGGAGGGGCUGGGCUGCUUCUCCCAGCAGUAUUAGUGUCUCCGCAGGGCAGAGGACCUUUUCCAUGUGACAUCACUUUCCCAUCCCACCUCAAGCCACUCUGGCCCCUCUGCUUGGUCGCCUUGCCCCAAGGCAGGAGGAAAUCUCAGGGGCCUGCCUGAUGAGGCAUUCUGUGUCCCCUUGAAACCAUGAGACUAAAAGGACUCCUCCUCCUGUGUCUCCCUUAUCCUGCACUGCCUCCCCUAUUCUUCAUUGUAUGAUGGACUUCAGAGGCCCCUGGGCCCAGCCAAAGCACUGAGUCCCCCUUAAGACACCUCCACACCCUCCACCCAAGCAAAGCACAAGUUGUGGGGUCCGUGCCACAUGCAUGGGCCACGUGGGAGGCUCCUGCCUUGCCAGAAGCGCAGCAGCAGCGUGCCCAGCAGAGCAGCAGCUACCCAGAGCCGAGAGUGGGCAUGAGGCAGAGGUCAGCACUUGGGCCUGGGGAGAUGGGGUUUUCUGUGCCCCAAGUCUGUGGGGAAGUGGGCACUGCUGCUGGGCCCACAGACAUAGCCAGCUGGCAAAGGGGAGGUCUAGCUCAGCAGAGAGGUGAGGAUUUUUUGCUUCUCCUCCAUGCCCCCAGCAUGAGCUGAGCUUCUGCCUUUGCUGGAAAUGAAAUAAACUUGGUAUUAAUUGUG